CUUGAGCUAUUUGUCUAUUGAAAAAGAUGGAUCACGGACGCAAGAUUAAGAAACCUCCAAGUCAUUCAAAAAUGAUAAAAAACCGAUCGCUCAAGUAUUGUACAGCUUUUGAUCCACCCGUGAUACCGAUCGAGCCGGUAAUCGAGGAUCGAAGAUUGAUCAAUUGGAAGAAGUGGCUGAGCGAUCGAAACAAGCAUUACGAUCGAUACAAAUCGAUCUCUGGCCGUCAUCAGACCAAUUUGAUAAUGAAUUCCUCAGACACAUAUCGGCCUAUUGUCGAAAUGCGAGAUCUGAUGGAUUGCGCUACCAUUUCAGUUCCGGCAACUCACGAUAAGUACAGAGGCAACCCUGCUUUUUUCAAAAUGCCAAAUUCUCUCUCGAAUCACAAUAACGACUGCCUGCCCGAUGUGUUUGUAACGUUAACUAAGAGAGAAUUGAAUAUUCUGCCUGAGCCGACUUACGUAGCCUUGCCGAGUCUGAUAGAGGAAGAAAAAAAUGUGGUAUCUGAAAAAAAAUGCGAGCCCUCCUGGAGACGAAGCAAAUAUUUGCAAAAAAGAGAAGAAGACUUAGCAAAAACGAUAUCAAUGUUGCGGCCAAGCGAAGAGGAAGUGAAAGGGUUGAUAAUCAAGGGUGAAAAAAUGGGCGUUGAAAAGUCCAAAAAAUUCCAAAGAUUGCCCGUAAUAGCAAUAUCGGAAGGAAUCGACGAAGAAAUACAAAAAUCGGCAACCGAUCGAUGCGAGUCUGUGAUAUUGCAAAUUCAAGAACGUGAAUUAAUUCACGAUAAGGAUUGCACAGGUACGAAAGAUGAUCAAGACUCGCUUCGCUGGAAUUUGACUUUUGAAACAGCCUGUGGAAAUCGUUCGGAAGACAAGAUUGUUCUGGAGAACAAAGGUACCGUUGUCGUCGAGUACCAAUGGCGAGAAGAAUUGUCCCCAGAGUCAAUUGUUCCAUUAAGAAAACGAAAGAGUAGCUUCUACUUCAAUAAGAACAACGGACUGAUUCUCCCCGGUCAGAAACUCGAAAUAUCAAUUUGGUUUUGUACAAACGACCCGGGUGUACAUUUAGAAAAUUGGCGACUGGACACCGACCCCAAAUUACAUAAAUCGUCCUUACUCUUCCGUUUUUGCGGGUAUGCGUCCAGUACAGAAUCGACGAACCAGUCGAGCAACGCGAUAGAAGAAUACUUAGAUGACUGUAUAAAGAGAGCGACGAUCAGAGAAAUAAUAAACGAUCUUAUAAACAGCGUAAAGGCACCAAAGUCCAAAGAGCCAAUAUACAAUAAUAUGUUUUUGUCAAGGGAUCUAUUCGUAGCGAAAAAUCCGCUCUACUAUUACCAUUCGAGCAUCGUUAACGAACUGAAGGCAAUGUACGACACCGUAAGAAAGGACGAUUGGCCACCUUGGAACUUUUCGCUAACAGACCUACGUGCUAUUCUACUAAACAUUACCAAUCCCAAUGAAAGAGAAGAGACGCUUCUAAGAUUCGGCAAGUUGAUUCGCGAAUCUUUGAGACCCAACGUGUCAAUUUACAACGGGAAAAACAACAAGUACACAGCAGUCUACAACAUACUUUGUUCGUUCGCGAACAAAUUUGAACGCGAGAGUGAAUUCGUGAGGACGAAUUACUCCGCGUUUAAGACUAAGCGGACGUUGCGCAACGACCAGAGCGAUACAUCGAGAUCAGGAAAAGCGUCUACCUCGAUAUCCACGCAAACCGUAAAAAGUACAAAAAGAUCGAGUCAGACUUUGCGAAUACAAGAAACUUCGUCAAGCUUCGAAACAAGAGCAAGCAGUCGAAUCUUGGAAGAUAAAAAUAUAAUAUAUGGACAGAUGUACUUCGUACGGAUCUACGGCCACCUUGAAGAUGCGAUCGAUCAAGCGUGCGCGAUGAUAGAUUCUCUUAACAAUCUUAACGAGUUCGACAAGUGACAGCGGAUGUUAUCGGACGCAAUUGACACGUGCGCUUAAAAUUAAUUAGGUCCUAGGAAUGUAUAAAUCUAUAUCUAAGAGCUAGAUCGGGUAAACAAUACAGAUUCGCAUCAGCGAAUAACAAUUGGAUGACACUAUCGACUUAAUGACACUAUCGACAGGCUUGAUUAUUUACAUUUAUUAAUCACUCCCCAUCGUCAGCUACGUAAUCGAUAACUUUGUACGAGAAUGCGAGUUCUCCAAAACGGUCGUUCUGAAGGAUUCACCAAAAAAACAAAACAAAAAAAAAACCUGUAGAUAACUUCAAGCUCAAUGAAGAUCAGCCACGUCGAAGGAUCGCGCUAAAAGCCACAAUUGUCAAGCGGCGUCUCUCGCGAGACACCGAGGAAAAGUCUUCGACCGAGGAGCAGCGUGUAGAAGAAGGAAAAGAAGUGGCGCGCGGAUAAACGGACAGGACGUAUACCGGGUGUUAUCGUAUGUCAAUGCUACUGUCACAAACUGCGUUUAUUUUUAUCAU